CUACCUACCUACCUACCUACCUACCUACCUACCUUUUGCUUCUUCCCUCUCUCUCCCUCCUCUCUCCCUCUCUCCCAUCAAGAGGUAGAACAGAAGAAGGGUACUUACAUACUUCCUACCUAUCUACAUCGAGAUUCGACCGAGAAAAAAAACAAAAAUUCAAAAUUCAAAAUCCAAAACAAAAAACUCAAUUCGAUUCAUCUCAAUCUCCAAUCUCAAUUUCAAUUUCCCAUCUUGGGGGUCUUGCUUUACUUUCUCCCCAGCCACCCACAUUUAAUUACGCUCUCUACUGGUACCUACCUACGCAUUAUAAUCAAUCAAAUCAAUCAAAUCAAAUCAAAGCAAAGCAACUUUGGGUUCAAUUGAUCCGCCAACAACCGCACAUACACUCACUCACUCACACUCACACUCACACUCACACUUAUACACCCUCAUACAUUCACCACCAAAAGACCAUAAAAAAAAAAGAGAGGGUCGACACUAACGAAAGGAGCCGUUCACCAGUUCCCGCCGUAACCCAUAUUCCUCGACCGCCUACUUUUUCGUUAGGGAGCUACGAUAUCUAAACAUAAUAGUCGCCCAAAUCCAAAUCCAGCGCCAGCCGCGACACUCUUUUUUAAAUUUGGUCGAAAACUCUAAAAAAAAAAAAUCCAACAAUCCUCUCAUUGAUAAUUGUUAUCGCCAGCAUUCCCAAUAUCCCCCUGUCCCAAAGGUGCAAUUAAUUUUCCUCGAUCCUCCCCCCUCCCAUGAUGUUAGUUGGUGGAAGUAGGUGAUAGACCGGCGAAAACCUCGCAAUCCUAAUAGCACCUUCUGAAUCGUGCCUCAGCAACGGUUGUGGUAAUUUCCGCUUGCUAGACACCCAAUCUGCGAUUGACAACAGUGCGCAAAAUUUACAAGAUAUGUCUUCAGCCGCUUUGCAGACCGCCCCUCAUCAACCAACAUCAAUAGGAUCGCAAUCUCCAGUGGCAGCACCAUCCUCCUCGGGGAGACCUUACACUUCGGGCUCACAACAAUCGCGAGACCCUUACUACAACCAAUCCACCACCAACGCUUCUCCCUCCUCUGCAAGAAAACCAUCUCGAAGGCCGAGCGGCAAUGGCGCAUCUACAAACACACCUCCCCAACCCCAGUACACCUCACCUUCGGUAACCACAAACUCAGCUCCAAUAAAUCCUCGCAGUAAUCACCCUUCACAUCAAAUCUCCCCAACCACCGCCACAUCCCCUUCGAGUUUUGCUCCAAUGGCUCUGGGCGAUCAUCAACGAGGUGUGCCCCCAAUGGUCUCGGAAAGAUCUUCUUCAAACAGACCGAGUACAGCAAUAGCGGCUGCCACUUCGGCCACCAAUCGUAGCUCGAGUUCAAGACGAGGUGAACAUUCGGACGAGCCGCGGGCGAGAGAUUCCCCACGUCGGGCACAGUCACAGGAGAACCAGUAUCACGAGAGGAGGAAUAUACAAACCAAUGGAACGAGCAGUGAGGAUGCAACAGCUGCUGCCACAGCGGCCACUCGAGCCAGACGCAGAGCUCAACAAUCACCUGAAGCUCUACCGCAUAGACCGAGUGGAAGUCGUGAGCAGAGAGCUGGUCCACCUCCUAAUGCACAAAAUAGAUCACAUCCAGCGGGUACCAAUUCACCUGCUGGACUGUCCCACGAAGCAAGUGAGGUGUUGAAUCGUGUGAUUGUGAGCGAUCCCAAGGUGGAUUUGGAGCGAGAGAGGGAACGAAUGGCGGAGGCCGUACCUAACGCUGUUGCAGCUCCUCCCGUGGUUGAAGAAGCUCCUCGGCAGCAGAGAUCCCGUCAUGAUCACUCAGCAAACUCUGGGAAACGUGAAAAGAACAGUAAAUUCGGUGAGUACUAUCUGGGCAACACUCUUGGAGAGGGAGAAUUUGGUAAGGUGAAAAUGGGCUGGAAACAAGCAGGUGGUACUCAAGUCGCUAUCAAACUUAUCCGCCGCGAUAGUGUCGGGACGAACCCUACGAGACUUGCAAAGAUUUACAGAGAAAUCGCCAUUCUUCGAGAGAUAUCCCAUCCCAAUAUUGUUCAGUUACAUGAGAUGGUGGAGACAGAAAAGCAAAUUGGUAUUAUUCUGGAGUAUGCUUCAGGGGGAGAACUCUUUGACUACAUUCUCAACCACCGAUACCUCAAGGAUAACGCUGCUCGCCGCCUGUUUGCUCAAUUGGUCUCUGGUGUUGGAUAUUUACAUAAGAAGGGAAUUGUUCACCGAGAUUUGAAGCUUGAGAACCUUCUGCUGGAUCGCAACCGCAACAUUAUCAUUACGGAUUUUGGUUUUGCAAACACCUUUAACCCCGACGAUGAGCUUGGAGACGAAAUCGAGUACAACUUAGCUAGUCGUGACUACGUCAAGCGUAUGGAGUUGGAUAAGAUUUUACCUGGCGGCUCGCGGAGAGGAGAUCUGAUGCAGACAAGUUGUGGCAGUCCGUGCUAUGCAGCUCCAGAAUUGGUUGUGAGUGAUUCGCUAUACACCGGCCGCAAGGUCGAUGUAUGGAGUUGCGGAGUAAUCUUGUAUGCAAUGCUUGCAGGAUAUCUACCUUUCGAUGAUGAUCCAGCCAAUCCUGAGGGCGACAACAUUAACCUUCUCUACAAAUAUAUAGUUUCGACACCACUUACCUUUCCAGAAUAUGUUACACCGCAUGCUCGAGACCUUCUCCGACGUAUUCUCGUCCCAGACCCACGCAAACGUGCAGAUCUAUUUGAAGUUGCCCGACACAGUUGGUUGAGCGAAUAUGCGCAUGUCGUUGGCUUCAUUACUAGCAGCACAACUACUACUGUAGAGAUUGCCAACACUACUGUCCCAUCUGAUGAACCUCAAGAAGCUCCUCUGCUUGCGAGAAGUGCUUCAGUUCGGGAACCCAAAUCACAAAAGGCACCCGCAGCCGUUGGGGAUCUCAGUAGGAAACACGGGCAUGUGGAUCAAGAUGGAGAAGAGGCACCUCCCAAAACUUCAAAGGACAACAAGAGACGAACUGUACAGGUCGAAUAUGUGGCUCCAAGAUCACAAACACAAAGAGGCGAGCCUUCUACCAACUCGUCCAGUGCUCAAUCCGGUUCGAGAACACGCGCUCGUGCUGGCAGCCAAGGCCCAGUCGAGAUUUCUGGAGCUCAAGGCUCUAGAAGAAAUGUCCCUGCAGGAGAUAUGUCAUCGCCUCAGGAUCCUUCAAUGACAAGAGAAGCCCAACAAGCAGCCUCGGCAAGACGAACGGGAAGCUCACAGCGACAACAAGGUAUGGUUCCACCUCCUCGACCUACUCGGGAUCACCGCGCAGCUUCAGACAUUAACUAUACGACCCCAGUGACUGGCCAACCAUCAAUCGCAAGACCAACUACCGGUGGUUCCAUGACUUCUAAUAGAUCUGGAUCUAUGGGCUUCCCAACCCGUGGAUCUUACAGCCAGCCUGUGGCCCCAACCGUCGCUGGAACUAAUGCUCAUGGCCGUAUGUCUCAACCUCAACCAAAGAGCUCGAACAGUUACAACAUUUCCCCUCCUAUGAUUCAAGGCGAACAAACCUUUGAAUACCCUCCUCAAUCAACUUCUCAACCUAUAGCUCCAAAAUUCGCCAGAGUCGCAGGACUUCCAGCAGGAACUGCAAAUGUACCAUCUGAGGGUAGCAAGACUCACAAGAGAUCAAACACGAUCGGGGGCAUAUUUAGCAGAACCAAUUCGCUUUUUGGUGGUAAAUCACACGCAGAGAAAUCUUCAGAAAAACCAAAGAAGUCAUAUCCUCCAGUCAGCAUGUCAAAUGCCAAUAUCAUAAAUACCGAUGACUCGAGACAGUCGAUAGACUCUAGACGCUCCAUAUCAUUUGGGUUUGGCAAAAAGAGAAGUGGAAGUAUAGCUGGGCGAUCCACGACAGGUUCUCAGGAAAAAGCUUCAAGAAGAUUCUCUCUCCUCCCGGCAUCUUUCUCUUUAAAAUCUAUUGGUAUCGGUAAAGAUCCAAAUACCCCACCUGCUAGCACUCCAACCGAUGGUCACUAUGAGCCAUAUCCCGAAAUGCAAGGUAAUCAUCUUGACGCGUCGCAGGACAACAGAAAUGUUAGUGGAAGUACAGCCGAAUAUCAGCAUGCGGAUGCAGCAUAUGAUCCAAACCGCGCUAGCCCAGCACAACAAGAAAGACAACGUUUUGCUCAACCACAACAGCAGAAUCCAGAUUCUAGGAUGGGUGGCCCACCACAAUUCUUACCGCCGGCAAACUUCCGCCAAGAUGAAUCGGCAUUGACGACUGAUUCCGAAUCUUCAUUUGGUCAAAGUCGACGUGGUCCAUAUCAGAAUGACAAUAAUAACUCAUAUGAAGACUCGCGACGACCAUCAGGACGCAAUAAUGGUAGAGGUGUACUACAGAAGAACAAUCGCAAGUUUGCCGAUGCUUAUGAUCAAGAGCAUGCACACAAUGAUCAUGGUGGUAGUAGUGGUGCAGCUAGAAAGGUCAUGGACUUUUUCCGAAGACGUGGAAAGGCUCGUGGAGAGUGAAAGUCGUUUGGAGAUAAUAAUCCUUUUUAAAUGAUAUCACUUCAACAUAUACACGAUAAAAACUUUGUUCAAUUCUGGAUUUAUGCAUAAGCUUUCAGCGAAAGCACCGGGAACUUGCGAUUCAGCUUUUGGUCUGAUUGACAGCAAGCUUUGCUUUCAUUUCUCUAGAACGGCUUGGCGGGCCUGCUGGAUUUUGGUGCGGGAGGUUGGAGGUGGAGUGUGGGCAGGCGUUCUCUUGCAUUUCAUCAUAUGGUUCGCUUGUUAUAUCUUCUCGCGCUCAACUCGAUUUCAACCUGGACCUGGACCUGAACUUGUGAAUCGCGAGUCUCAUCAUUGAUGGACGAGAUAUUUGACUCGCUUUUUAUUUUUUGCUUUCGCUGUGGAUAAGAUUAUAUCUUGGGGUUAUGGGAGUUGAAUUGAGUAGCAUUUGUGUUGUCUGAUUGUGAAGAGUAGUCGAAUAGUUUAUUUUUCUCUUACCUUUAGCUUUUUAAAGUUGUUGUUUCGCUUUUUUUUACCUUCUCUUCUCUAUUAAUUUGGUGGUGUGGGGAAUGAGAUGAGAAAGGGGAGUGGGAUAUCUUAUUGGGUGGUGUGAUAGUGGGUAGUGGAGUCUCGAAUAAUGGGUUCCUUGUGAGAGAAGAAAAUACGCGUGUGCUUGAUUCAUGGAUGGAGAUUACUGCUAGAUUUGGCGGGUCUACAAUAUUGAAGGUGGGAUGAGAGAUAGAGCAUGCGUGUGGAGGGGGAUGGGUCUUGAGACUUGAGAAGCGAGAAGCGAGACUUUGUGACGGAGGAAAGGGGAGGAUUUUGAGGGGAGUAGAGAAGAGAAUUGCGAGAAAAGCGAAGUGAGAGAAAGGGGAGAAAGAUGAUGAUGGAUUGGGGGAUAUGAACCCUGGGUAAAUCAUUUGUAAUAAUUGAGAGUGAAAACAGAAACAGCAUCUU